AUGGAGGGUGCUAGGGUUUCUCUUGCUUGCGCUCUACUUCUUUUCGCACUCUCUACAAUAGCUUCUGCCUCCAUUGUCGAACACACCUUCAACGUACAAAACUUAACGGUGUCCCGGCUGUGCAAACGGCAAGUGAUAACGGUGGUUAACGGAAGCCUGCCUGGACCAACGGUACGCAUCAGGGAGGGUGAUUCGCUCGUGAUUCACGUGAUCAACAAUUCCCCUCACAACAUCACAAUUCAUUGGCAUGGGAUCUUCCAUAAACUAACGGUUUGGGCGGAUGGACCAAGUAUGGUCACGCAGUGCCCAAUCCAGCCAGGCCAUAGAUACGCAUACAGGUUCAACGUCACUGGCCAAGAAGGUACCUUGUGGUGGCACGCACAUGCGUCUUUCCUACGCGCCACCGUGUACGGUGCUCUCAUCAUCCGCCCUAAAGCCGGUCACUCUUAUCCGUUUCCCAAACCCCACAAAGAGGUUCCCAUCUUAUUCGGUGAAUGGUGGAACACCUAUGUAGUGGCUUUAGAGGAGGCCGCGAUCGCCACCGGAGUUCCUCCAAACAAUUCCGACGCUUACACAAUCAAUGGUCUACCCGGAAACUUAUAUCCAUGCUCCAAAGACAAAAUGUUUACCCUCGACGUGGUGAAAGGAAAGCUAUACUUACUUCGCAUCAUAAACGCGGCAAUGAACAUACCAUUGUUUUUCAAGAUAGCCAAUCACAGGCUGACAGUUGUCGCCGCCGACGCAGUCUACACCGAACCUUACGUCACCGACAUCAUCACCAUCGCACCUGGCCAAACCGUCGACGCACUCCUCCACGCCGAUCAAUCCAUCGGCUCCUCUUACUACAUGGCGGCUCAUCCUUACGCAAGCGCACCCGCCGUUCCAUUCCCAAACACCACCACCAGAGGCGUCAUCCGUUACGGCGGCGCGUCAUAUUCACGGCGCGUGUUGAUGCCUCAACUACCUUCCUUCUUCGACACUCCAACCGCUCACAAAUUCUACACGAACUUGACCAGCUUAGUCGGUGGACCACACUUCGUCCCGGUGCCUCGCCACGUGGACGAAGAAAUGUACGUAACCAUCGGGCUCGCGCUCGAGGCAUGCGCGGACAACACAACGUGUCCGAAAUUCUCAGCUUCGAUGAGCAACCACUCUUUUGUCUUACCGAAAAAGUUGUCUAUAUUAGAAGCUGUUUUCAACGGCGUCGAUGGGAUAUUCACGAAGGAUUUUCCCGACCAGCCUCCGGUUAAGUUUGAUUACACGAACCCGAACAUAACACAGACGAACCCGGAACUUCUGUUCGCUCAAAAGACAACGAGUGCUAAGGUUUUGAAGUUUAAUGCGACGGUGGAGUUGGUGCUACAAAACCAUGCGCUUAUUGCGGCUGAGAGUCAUCCCAUGCAUCUUCAUGGGUUUAACUUCCAUGUUUUGGCUCAAGGGUUUGGUAAUUAUGACCCGACCCGUGACCGGAGCAAGUUUAAUCUCGUUAACCCGCAAUUCCGUAACACAUUAGCCGUGCCUGUUGGUGGAUGGGCCGUGACUCGUUUCACAGCUGAUAAUCCAGGUGCGUGGCUUAUGCAUUGUCAUAUCGAUGUUCACUUGCCAUUCGGACUAGGAAUGAUAUUUGUGGUUGAGAACGGACCGACGAAGUCGACCACCUUGCCACCUCCACCAUCGGAUCUUCCAACAUGUUAA